AUGAUUCCAUCAAAACUUGCUUCUCAUCAUGACUCUUCAAUUCGUGAUGAAAUACACUUUCAAAAACUCUUCUCACCCGAAUUGUUGGCUCUAUUGCAACCUAAAAAUUCAGUAGAGAACAUUAACAAGGAUCAUAUUUCGGUUCAUGAUGUUUCCGACGACGACGAAAGAUCUCAAAAUGCAACACAAAUGAUACCGAAUAUUCCACAACUGGGAUUGUAUUAUGAAAUGAGGGAAAAGAUUUCCACCUCUUCUUCAAUUCCUAAUGAUUAUUUGCAGUACAAUUUUAUUAGGCUUGCUCCACAACUCCUUUCAGAAAACGAAAGGAAUAAUACGGUUUCUCUUGUUUUUGAAAAUCAAUUUAUUGAAAUUUCUAAGCUGCCUAGUCUUGACAACACUCCUGCUCCAAUGAGUGAAACUGUUGUGGAAACAAUCAAAGAGAAGGUAAAACAAGAUUUUGCAAGUUCGAACACGAUCACAUAUUUUGAGCCAUCAUUGAUAACUUUUGAUGAAUUUGAUGAAUCUGCAGAUUGGAUUGAAACAGAAAAGUGA